GGGGUGAGGAAAAGAGAGAGAGGGGGUGAGGAAAAAGAGAGAGGGAAAGAGUACAGAGGAGGAAGAGUUAAAUUACUUAGGAGUAUUCUCCAGCAGCCUUGGAACCUGAAACAAAGCUGCUCACAGGAGAGAAAGGGAUAAAGAGAGAGAGGAAUAAAAAGCAGGAGGGAUAGAGAGAUUUUCCCUGCCAGAAUUGGUGUUUGGCCAUAGAUCAGCAGGUCUUAACAGAACUUUGCUAUAUUAAGCUCUGCAGAUAAUUGUACUCUGUUGUAUCGACCCUUCACUGCUGUGUCUUGGCAGUGUGUGUGCGUAUCAGCACUGUGUGUGUCGGCCCUAUAUGUGUGUCCCUUCUGAUCUACUCGUUGGCAGCUGAUAGGGUUUUUAUGGGCCCGUGUCAGGCAAGAGAGGCUAGUGAGCUACUGCCCCAACAGACACGCUGAAACACGCGCACACACACACCACACACCACAGACUCACACACUGUGCCAUUUACAGGCAGUAGAGUAGGUUUCUACUCCAACACAUGCUAACACACACAGACACAUGAGGGUAGGCCCCUUGAUGCAGUAACUCAUACCACCUGAGUGUCUGUGUCAAUAGACAAUCACAUUCUGAGGUUGUAUGUGGAAUCUCCAUGGUGCUCAAAGAUGAACAACUGGACUUAAGUGCCAUGCUACAUUAGUUGACAUGCUGAUGUGCUCAAACAGCAUUUUUCAGAAAAUCCUUUUUGAUUCUGUCUAUUGGAAAGUGGCAUUCAUUUCUGUGGAUUGAAAGUGAUAACAUAUUGUAAGACUGAUAGUGUAGACACCAAACAACUGAGUAUCACUCCAUCAGUGUGCUGGGUUAGACUCUUAGAGAGUGAUCCCCUCUGAUCUUCAAUCGCUCCUCUUGCUGCUCUCCUCUGUCUUGUAGAUGGUGUUUCUUGCGCAGUGUCUGCUGCACUGCCUGACAAUGACGGGAGGAUAUAAAACGGGGCGGACGGAUGGACAACGGUCACUGAGAGGGAAAGAAAGACGAGCGAGUUUUUGAGCGAGAGACUGAUAAUACAGAGAAAGAGAGAAUGAACCACCGUUGUUGUUUAGACUGAAUCACACCAGAGUGUGUGGACUUGUUAGAGAAAUACUGAAAUAACAUCGAACAUCUCAGAUCCAUGAUGGAGCUGGUCCCUAAAACUAAGUACACUCACUUCCGGAGUGAAUCUCUCAGUUCGAAUGACGAUACCAACUCCAACCCUUUGUCCCUCCCCCCUUCCACCCCCGCAACCCCCCUCACCCCUCCUGGGCUACCCUCCUCCCUCUCCUCCUCCUCUCUCACCCCCAUCCUCCCCCCUUCCUCCCCCCGCCGGGCUGAGAACAGCCCCACCACGCUCUGUUCCUUCUUCCCCAGGAUGGGAGCCCUUCGCCUGUGUGUCUCUGCUACUCUACUCCCAGGUCUCAAGGUCUCCAGCAGGCCUCAGCGGGCUCAAGCCCCCAUGGGGUCUUCAGGGGGUAACAGUUCCAGCUCUCCCACUCCUCACCCCCCUCCCUGUUUAACAGCCCCCUCUCCCCCCCAUCGCCCCCCUCUGCAGGAUAUGAACCGGCUGGGUGGGGCGUCCAGGAGGGCGCGGGUGGAGGGGGGGCAGCUGGGGGGAGAUGAGUGGACACGCCACGGCUCCUUCGUCAACAAGCCCACCAGAGGAUGGCUACACUCAGACCAUGUGGUCAGCACCACUGGGGUCGCCUACUCAGUACGGUAUAUGGGCUGUGUGGAGGUGCUACAGUCUAUGAGGGCGCUGGACUUCAACACCAGAACUCAGGUCACCAGAGAGGCCAUCUCAGUGGUGUGUGAGGCAGUGCCUGGAGCCAAAGGAGCCCAACGCAAGAGAAAGCCGUCAUCUCGCUGUAUGACGUCCAUUCUGGGGAAAUGUAACCUGCAGUUUGCUGGGAUGACCAUCAGCCUGACGGUCUCUACCAGCAGCCUCAACCUGCUGGCCUCCGACUGCAAACAGAUAAUUGCAAAUCAUCACAUGCAGUCCAUCUCUUUCGCUUCUGGAGGAGACCCAGACACAGCAGAGUAUGUAGCAUACGUGGCCAAAGACCCAGUCAACCAGCGAGCGUGUCAUAUCCUGGAGUGUUCGGAGGGCUUGGCCCAGGAAGUCAUCAGUACCAUAGGGCAGGCCUUCGAACUACGCUUCAAACAGUACCUGAAGAACCCCCCCAAACUGGUCACCCCCCAUGACAGUGUGAUGGCUCCGUUUGAUGGCUCAGCGUGGGAGGAAGAGGAAGAUGAGGGAGCACCGCCCCCUGCAGAUGUUCCGUACUAUAAUAACUUCCCCGGGAAACAACCUCCUCCUGGGGGACUGGUGGACAUGAGGGCCCGCCCUGGGGCUACGCUGCCCUAUGGACAGCCGGGUCAGAAUGAUAUUCACAAGCAGCCGCUACCCCCUCUACCAAUGGGAGCAAAGGAGGGAGGGCGGGACCUGUGUGAUGACCCUUCAUACGUCAAUGUGGAUAAACCCCGCCCCACAACAGCUGCAGCCAAUGGCAAUGCUCACAGAGAUGUGUUCGACAUGAAGCCGUUUGAUGAUUCCCUGGGUGUAUCAGGUCUGGGGGUCUCAGCGGCGCCCCCUCUGGUGGAACAGCUGCAGUGCGAGGCCUGGUUCCACGGCAGCCUGAGUCGCAGGCAGGCUGAGAGACUGCUGACCCGUGACGGAGACUUCCUGGUCCGAGAGUCAGGCACCACCCCUGGACAGUACGUCCUGACUGGGCAACAGGGGGGUCAGCCCAAACACCUACUACUGGUCGACCCAGAGGGAGUGGUACGUACCAAAGACCACCACUUUGAGAGUGUGAGCCACCUGAUCAGUUACCACAUGGACAACAGACUGCCCAUCGUAUCAGCAGGCAGUGAGGUGUGUCUGCAACAACCAGUGGAGCACAGGGCCUGAACACACACACAUACAGCAUUGCAACACACACACACUCUCAGAAACACUACACACAUAAGCAGUGCUGACAACAUUAAGGAAAGCCAAAAAAAACACCUCUAACUCUUUCUGCCAAAAUCAUUUGCUCUCUGCUUUUCCUCACACCCUUCUCUCCUCCUGGACGACUCACUGUUACCUCCGUGAUCCCUCCUUCUGUUCAUCCUUCCGUCAUCGAGGUCCACUCCCUCCAAAGAAUGUGGGAGUAACACCUAGGAACACUUUAUUUUCCUUCUCAUUGGGACAGAAAUUAAUACAAUUUAGUAAAAAAACGGAGCAUUAUUAAUUAAAUCAUGCCAUAGAAUCAGUCAGAAAUGAUUCUAUCAUAGUAAAUUAGGACUAUGCACCCUGGAGGGGAGGAGUGAAAGGAAUGGGAGGAGAGGUCUUGAUCCAGACAUGGCAGAGGAAACAGUUUCUCUCACCGUCACAGAAGCACUCCAAAGACUUGUCUGAUGAUUGGACUCAUCAGAGAGCUCAGACAUGGACCCUCCAAUCAAAUAUCAGUGGAACACAGGAACAGCCAAUCAAAUAUCAGUGGAACACCUAAAUAACCAAUCAUGACUGAGAUCAGGCCUCCUGUUAAUAUGCAUAGACAUUUUUGUGUCCACACCAAUCAGGGCCCUCACUCACCCUCAAGUCACUCCCAUUAAAAUACCUUUCAUCUUUGACCAUUGACCCCCUGAGUGAUACCUGGUGAUGUCACGGAGGACGUCUCUGUAUGCAAAAAGGGGGUUGCUAUGCCAACAACCAUUGUCUCCGGCUGUCCAAAUAUAGACAAGGUUUCUUUCUGGCCUCCGAAGGUGGAGUUUGAUAAAAGGAUGUGAUUCAUGCCCAUCUGACAUCCGCUUGUCUGUCUGCAUGGGACUGGUCUCCCUGUCUGUCUGCAUGGGACUGGUCUUACCUGUCUGUCUGCAUGGGACUGGUCUUACCUUUCUGCUCUGAUCAUGACAAAGAAAGUGGACUUGGUUGGACUGGGGCAGCAGAAACCAUGGAGAUGACUCCUACACCAACAUACAGUGUGCUAGUCUGUAUCUGUCAUGUGUACUUUCAUUGGGAGUAUAGUGUCUUUACAUAGAGAGGGAUGGAGAGAAGACUGGGAAGAGGCAGGAGGGAGGUUCCAUAUCUAGAGAUGUCAUCAGACCUAGACACGAUGUCAUCUGAAAGAGUUCAAAACCAAUUCUACGACGAUGUCACAGUCAACCCAAAUGCUGCUGUUACAAUUUAAUCGGUGCUGUGUUGGAAUCGUAGUUCGUAUUAAUGCCAAUAUUUUCUUGCUUUUCAAUGGAUUUGUUGUUAAUAACUGUUUGCCUUGACAAUCUAUGGCCAUGUCUCUUGUCUGGACGGGUGGGGGGUGGAGAGGUUGGGGGGCAUACUGGAUGAAGUGUGUUUAAUGCCGAAAGCAUUCGGUCCAGAGCAUUCAAAGCAAUGAAUUUAUCUCCUCUCCAAAUGUGCUGCAACACUUGAUCAGGAGAUUAGCAUUUAGCGUUAGCAUUAGUGUGUGAUGUGUUUAUUCUCAGCUCACUGCAGGGAAAACUGUUAUCAGCACUGUUCACAACGAAAUCUGGGAGCUUCGUGAACGUUGGUCAGACGUUGGACUUUGACGUGUUGUUUUCCUUGGAAUUAGAAGACGGUAGAGGGAGAGAACGUGGAGGAAUCAUCCUCUCCCUCCUUCUCUUCAUGAUAUGUUUUGUAUCUUUUACUCGUGCCUUGUUUCUUCGAUGCAGUCACCUCACUCCAGUGCAGUCUGUCACCUAAUGUACUGUGCUUAUUGUACAGUCAGUUGAUGUACUUAAUCCAAAUGUAGUGGACCGUUGGAUCCUGUCACAUGGUCCCUCCGUCCAGUGCAGUCUGUCACCUAAUGUACUGUGCUUAUUGUACAGUCAGUUUAUGUACUUAAUCCAAAUGUAGUGGACCGUUGGAUCCUGCAAAAAGGACACUGACUCUCACCACCCAGGUCCAGUGAUGCCAAUCCGCUCCUCUAUUGCACAUUCAUUCUUACUUCCUGUUGUCACUUGUUGUUGUCACGGUUGUUUGAUGUCGCAGCUCUCAUUGGAGGGAUUUCCACUCCACCUGUAAAUAACAUCAGAUCUGAUUGGUCGGUUUGAGUUCUUGGUUCUGAAAUGAAAGUCUUUAUUGUAUAGAUGUUAUUAAUAACAUGGGUGGGACAGAACCAGAUACUGUAUUUCACAUGUAAUACCCAAGGAAUACUUUUCUCUCUGAAUCCAAUUCAUUUUGAUUCUAGCCAAUGAACCAUGUCCAGGUUUUUGAGGGAGGCUGAAACCAAACUGUAAAUGUGGAAGUGAAGAGUAAACUGGGAUCUGCCACCUGCUGUGCAAAAUAUUUCUGUUUCAUCAGUAGGGUUGCAAAAUCCUGUGGUUUUCCAGAAAUCUUGGUUGGAGGGAGGAUUCACUUCCUGUUUAUUCGCUUGUGUAAUUCUAGGAUUAUUUUAACCAGGAUUUCUGGAAAACCGGGGAAUUUGGGGAAAGUUCUCUGAAUUUUGCAACUCUAGUCAUGAGAAAGGGUUCUUUGAGCCUGGACAGGUAAUUGUUUUCAUCUUUCUCAUCGUGCUUGUGUGUGUGUUGUGAGAGGAUGUGUGGAUGAUCAGAGUUUAUGGUUGGGAGUGUAGGGGGUUGUGUAGUUCUUACAUGGUGGCACUUGUGCUCUGUGUGUGAGGCCUUUGCUUCAUUCUGUCACUUAGACACAGACUGUUUAAGUGACUAUAGGUCCUGGAUAGGCAACAAGAAAACAAGUAAACAAGCCCCAAGGUGUGUGUGUAAAAGGAGUCAUCUAUCCUCUACAUAAUUUGUGAAACAUUCUAGCGUUGUCUUUGUUCGUCACAGUUGCCUUUGUUGCAUGGAAAUAAUUUUUUUAAGUUUCUAUAUUGUUGUUUUGAUGUACUUUUUCAUUUGAGUUUUGAAAGCCAAAGGGUUAUUUUCAAUUAGCCUUCACAAAUAUUGAUUUAAUUUUUUACUUUUUACAGUUCUGUUGUAAUACUCUUGUUCUUUUGGGGGGGAAAUACAUCUGUUUACACCUGUAUCUGAAAUCACAGAUUGCAUAUAAAUGCAUAUAUCAUGAAUCUUUCCUGGUGAGUUUGGCUUUAAAAUGCAGUUUCUGGAUUUACACUUUGGUCUCCUGUGAUGUGUUUUCUUAAAUGUUGAUUCAUAACUAUUAAAUAGAACAUAUCCACUUAUUUAUUCUGCUAAAUACA